AUGAAUGUUGAUUUGUAUGAACAUACCAGUAAGUCUAUUCUGGAUGGAUUGCUCAAUGGUUAUAAUUGUUCAGUUUUUGCUUAUGGUGCAACUGGAGCUGGAAAAACUUACACAAUGCUUGGUACCAAUGACCAACCAGGUAUUACAUUUUUGACUUUGAUGGACCUUUACCAAAGAAUUGAAGCAAUCAAAUCUGAAAAAGUUUGUGAAGUAGCAGUUUCUUAUUUGGAGGUGUACAAUGAACAAAUUAAAGAUUUAUUAAAUGGAAAAUGUCAAUUACCAAUUCGUGAAGAUCCUAAAGCUGGAGUUGUCAUUCCUGGGCUUUCAUUGCAUAAACCUCAGAAUGAACAGGAUUUGCUGUAUAUGCUCUACAAUGGAAAUAAAAAUCGUACCCAACAUCCUACUGAUGCAAAUGCUGAAUCUUCACGAUCCCAUGCUGUAUUCCAAGUUUUUAUCAGACAGUCUGAUCGUACGGCAAACUUGGUCACCUCUGUUCACAUAGCUAAAUUAUGCUUAGUUGACCUUGCUGGUUCUGAGCGUGGAACUGUCACUAAGAAUAGUAGCAGCAGAAAGAGAGAAGGUGCCAACAUCAAUCGUUCUUUGCUCGCUUUAGGAAAUGUUAUUAAUAUGUUAGCAGACAACAAGGUAAAAGCUCACAUUCCUUACCGAGAUAGUAAACUGACACGUCUUCUUAAAGAUUCAAUUGGAGGCAAUUGUAGGACUGUAAUGAUAGCUGCAAUUAGUCCAUCUGCAAAAUCAUAUGAAGAUACGUAUAAUACAUUGAAGUAUGCAGACCGUGCCAAGCAUAUUCGUGCUGAUUUAAAGAAAAAUAUCAUGAAUGUGAAAUCCCAUUUUAGCAAAUAUGGGAAGAUCAUUGAAAGUCUUCGUCAAGAGGUUUCUGAACUAAAAUUGAAACUUCAAAACUUUGAAAGUACUGAGAAUCAGAAAGUAAUCGAUAUACCCCAAUUACAGUCAAUAGAAGAAAGCAAAAGAUUGCAAGAAGUUCUUUACAACAUAUUUGUUCAUAGAAAAAGUGUUCGUAAAGAAAUUCUUGAAUAUGAAAGCAUCCUUCGUACCACAGAAUGGAAAAUUUUUUCCAAAAAGCAGUGUUUGAAUAAAGUCAAUUGGGUAUAUGAUUAUAAUUGUCUUGAAUGCCAAUCAAAAAAAGAAAAAGGAAGGCGCAUGAUAGAAAUAUCUCAAAAGCGAAUCAAAUCUAUUGAAGAUAAGAUAGAAGCUUCCCAAAAGAACUUUGCCAAUAAUGAAGAACAAUUACAAAGAUGGAAAGCAGAAAAAGACCUUAUAUCAGGAGAAAUGUCACAAUCUUUAGAUGUUAACUUACGAGCACAUCACUUGGAAGUUGAAUUAGCAGAUAAUCAGCGAUUCAAUAAGCAUCUGAAAAAGGUCAUCAGUCUUCAAGAUCGAGACAGUCGCAUUAAAGACAAAACAAUUAAUAAUCUAACAAAAACAAUGAAAAGAUUUUACUCUGUCAUAAAAAAUAAUGGACUACUCACUAGUGGUAUUCAGCAGGAUUAUAAUCAAGUGAUUGAACAAAUUCUUGGUGAUAAAGAGAUUACAUGGGCCGAUGAGAAUCAGGAUGAUGACAAUUCCAAUAUUAAUGGAAUUACACUUGAAAAAAUCACUCAUUUUCCAGUUCUCAAUAGUGUUUCACAUUCUCAAUCUCUUGAUGUUAAUGUGAAGAAGCGAAGAGACUCUCUUACACCAAUUUUAUCCCGGGCCAAGAACUUUCUUGAUUCCACUGAAGAUGCCAAAAUAGGUUGUGCUUAUAUAGAGGAUUCUUGUACGCCAAUUAUGUCAAAAAGCACCCCUCGUGUAAUCAACAAUUUUCCAAGUCAAAGAAAUGAAAUGUCCAAAUUUUCAUCAAAUGUGGAGGGCUUACAGCUACAAGUAGAAAGUCAAGUUUCUUCAAAAGUUUCAAACCUAUCAGAUUCUGAAUUUGAUCUCAAAUGUAAAAAUACCAAAAAAGAAAUUACAUUCAGUCCUUGUCUGAAAUCACCAAAUGUAUCUGUGUGUCAAACACCAAAAACUAACAAUAAUGGAAAUGUUGGUCAAGCCAUAUUUCAAAAUGAUUGCUCUAUGAAAGAAACUGUGACAUAUCCAUUGGUUGAAAAGAAAGUUUUAUUUGAACAAAUCCCUUUGACAUCUAUUAAUAACAAACCAAAUCACACUCCUUCAUCACAAAUACUUUCCCCUGCAGAUUUGCCAUCAACAAGAAAUGAAGCUCAUUUGCUGUUGGUCGGUGGUGGCACAAUUACAAAAACUCAACCUUCCAUAGAAUUGGGACUUCUACCAACAUGUAAAGUAAAACCAGUUAUUAGUGUACGCUCACCUGCAGCUAAAGAAAACAGGAAAACACUACACCGCCAAGGAGUACCUUCAAUGUGUAAUAGAAAAAUUUCCACAGGAAGCAAGAAGGCUCCGUCUCGAAAUUUAACAAGGACUCAAUUGAUGACUGCUUCUACUGGAAAUAAUAGAUUUCUAUCCAAAUUACCAAGUUUAGGAGCUGAAGAUGCUCCAUCCAGUCGAAAAUCUCGCAGAGUUUUAUUCUCUAGUAAAUCGGCAAGUGAUUUCCGCAGUUGA